AUGAAUAUAAAUGAAUUUCGUCAUUACGGUGGACAGAUGAUUGAUAUAGUAGCGAGUUAUUGGGAAACACUCCGAAAAAGAUUUCCGUUACCGGAUGUAAAACCUGGAUUCAUCAAUGAACUGGUACCACGAGAUCCUCCUGUUAUGGGUGAGUCAUGGGAGAAAAUUUUCAGUGAUAUCGAUGCAGUAGUUAUUAAUUGUAACACUCAUUGGCAACAUCCUAAUUUUUUCGCCUAUUUUCCAAGUGGUAUUUCUUAUCAGUCAAUUAUGGGUGAUAUUCUUAGCAGUGGAUUAGCAAGCGUUGGAUUUAGUUGGCAAUCAUCACCUUCCAUGACGGAACUUGAAAUUUUGAUGACAAAUUGGUUAGCUAAAGCAUUGGGAUUACCGGUAGAAUUUAUGAAUAGCAAAACUGGAUGUGGUAUAGGUAUUAUUCAAAGUACUGCCAGUGAUGCAACUUAUAUAGCAAUAUUAGCAGCAAGAGGACGAGUUAUAGAGCGUAUCAAAGCAUCUGAAGGUAUCAUCAACGAGGAAUUGGAGGUAAUUUCGGAUGAUUCCGGUGAAUUAUGCUACUAUCCAUAUCAUGAUGCAACCAUUACAACUAAAUUAGUUGCUUACUGCUCGGAUCAAGCUCAUUCAUCAGUAGAAAAAGGUGCCAUGCUGGCAGGUACGCGUUUACGAAAACUCAGAACUGUACGUGGUGGAUCUUUUGAUAAUUUUUCUGUUAUUGCGAAAAUUCUUGAAGAAGCAAUAAUGAUAGAUCGAAAGAAUGGUUUAGUACCAUUCAUAUUUAUCAUGACUUUGGGUACAACAUCAACUUGUGGAGUGGAUCCGGUAGAUGAACUUGGAUCAAUAUGUCAGAGAGAAAACAUUUGGAUACAUGUUGAUUCGGCAUAUGCUGGGGCAUUUUUACUUUGUCCUGAAUAUCGUUACUUAUCUCGUGGAUUCGAAUAUAUUGAUUCAUUCAAUGUUAAUGCUCACAAAGCAUUACCGAUAAAUUUCGAUUGUUCUCCAAUGUGGUUUCGAAAUGGGAAACAAAUAAUGAAAUACUUUGCGGUAAAUCCGAUCUAUCUGAAACAUGAUCAGACUUGUGCAAUUGAUUAUCGACAUUUCCAAAUAGCUCUUGGAAGAAGAUUUCGAUCGUUGAAAAUAUGGUUCGUGUUGCGAAAUUUUGGCAUUACUGGCCUACAAAAGCACUUGAGAAAGAUGGUCGAGCUAGCAAUGAGCUUUGAAGCGCUCCUCCAAAAGGAUGGAUUAUUUGAGUUUUUCGUACCGCGAACAUGGGGAAUGAUAUGCUUCCGUCUAAAAGAUUCGACAAAUGAGAUGAAUGAGGAGCUAAGUCGAAGAAUCAACGAGGAUCGCCGUAUCCAUGUGCUAGCUUCCGUUGUUCAUGGAGUUUAUUUCCUGCGUCUGACAGUUUGCAGCACGUUAACUACAUAUGAGGAUAUACGUCAAGCGCAUGCGAUCAUGCAUAAUUUUGCUGAAGAUGUACGAAGAGAUAUGAAACAACAAAUAUCUGUUAUAAAAUAA